GAAAUAUAUAAAAAAAGAAAUACACAUGGUUUCUACCACGCUAUUCUUCCUACUUUGAGAUUGGAAGAUUUAAGAUUUCAAAAUUAUACAAGACUGACCAUGACUCAAUUUGAAGAAUUAUUAUCAAUAGUUGGAAUUGAUUUAAAAAAACAAUAUGUUGUGCGUGAACCAAUAAAUGAGGAACAACGGUUAAUAUUGACUUUAAGAUACCUUGCUUCAGGAGACAGUAUGACAUCUUUGUCAUAUCAAUAUUUAAUAUCUUUAAGUUGCAUUGCACAUAUUAUACGUGAAACAUGUUCUGCUAUAUGGAACCAUUUAUUUCCCAUCGUACUCGCAAAAUGUGAUGCAGAAGAUUGGAAAGAAAUUGCAAAUGAUUUUGCAAAUAAAUGGCAUUUUCCUCACUGUGUUGGUGCAAUUGAUGGCAAACACGUUGUUAUUCAGUGCCCUGAUAACGCAGGAUCAGAGUACUACAAUUAUAAAGGCAGUCAUAGUAUUAUUUUACUAGCAGUGAGUGAUGCUAAUUACAUUAUACGCUAUGUUGACAUUGGUGUUCCUGGAAGGCAAGGAGAUGCGCAUGUUUUCAAAAAUAGUUCUGUAGGCCUGUUAUUGGAAAGAAAUCAAUUCCAUCUCCCACCACCUGAACCAUUGUAUGAAGAUGGUCCAAUUUUACCAUUUGUAUUGGUAGGAGACGAGGCAUUUCCAUUAACAGCUUAUAUGAUGCGACCAUAUCCAGGCAAAAAUGAACUGAUAGUAGACAAACGUAUUUAUAACUAUCGCUUAUCUCGAGCUCGACGAACCGUCGAAAAUGUUUUUGGCAUUUUGGCUAAUCAAUGGCGACUUUUGAGACGACCAAUUAUUGCACAAGUUACAAACGCAACGAAAAUGGUUCAAGCAAUUGUCUGCCUUCAUAACUGGUUAAGAAAACAUGAUGUUGAACGAGAAAAUUAUGUUGUACAAGAUCUUGCAGAUCAACCUCUACCAGAUGGAAAUAUUCAAGAAGGUUCUUGGAGAGAAAAUAUUACAGACUAUUCAUUUAUGAACAUUUCGUGCACUCGAGCAAGGUCGCAUUCUGUAUAUGCAGCUAAAAUUCGCGAAGAAUUCUGCAGAUAUUUUAAUGAAGAAGGAGAAGUCGGCUGGCAAAAUAUUCAAAUUUACAAAUGAUAUAAAUACUUUAAGAUCAGAAUGUUUAUAUCGAACGUAAAUAUAUUCAUCGAUUAUGAAUUGAUUGUUCUUAUACAGAGUCAUGCGUUAUUAUUUUUUAUUUUACAUGUUAUUCAUAUUGAUCUAAUUAUCAGUAAUAAUA